AUGGAGCGCGAUGCCGAUUCUUCGGACGUGCAGGUUCCGGCCGGGCGCCGGCUCAGCGCCCGGGAGCUGUUCGCCGCCCGCGCGCGGCCCCAGAAACUGCCCCAACGCUCGCAUGGCCCCAAGGACUUCCUCCCCGACGGCUCGGAGGCCCAGGCCGGUCGGCUGCGCCAGUGCCGCGAGGAGCUCUGGCAGCUGCUGGCGGAGGAGCGCGUGGAGCGCCUAGGCAGCUUGGUGGCCGCUGAGUGGAGACCAGGAGAAGGCUUCGUGGAGCUGAAGUCCCCCGCGGGUAAAUUCUGGCAGACCAUGGGCUUCUCAGCGGAGGGCCGACAGCGGCUUCACCCGGAGGAAGCUUUGUAUCUGCUGGAGUGUGGCUCCAUCCAGCUGUUUCACCAAGACCUGCCACUGUCCAUCCAGGAGGCCUACCAGCUGCUGCUGACUGAAGGCACUGUGACUUUCCUGCAGUACCAGGUAUCUGCCAUUCUCUCCAGGGACAGGAGCCACCCACCUCGACCCCCGCCGGUGCCCGUCACCGCGCUGCAGUCGCUACCCGGAGCAAUGGUGCCACCUAGCGGACGCUGUUGGAGCGGCUCGCGGCGCCGGCGUCGGCGGGGUCCUCGGGCCGCGGGAAGGGGCUCCAACAGAGGGCUGGGGCGGCGCGUCAGCACCUUUGUGUACGGACAGCGCCUCCUGCCCCCCGCUGGGACCCAAAGCAAGCCCCCCAACCCCGUACCUGGGGGAGCACCAGACGUAAGGACCUGCUCUCGCCCUGCCUUCUCUUCCCACAGCUUCAUCCCCUCCCCGUACGAGAGGCAGCUGAACCUGGACACUGGCGCCCAGCCCCUGGAGGGCAGGAUUGGCAAGCGGAAGAGGAGGGGCUCCAGUUCCCGGUCCGUGCCCAAGAAGCCCAAGACCCUGGCGAGCCCCCUGCAGGGAGUGAACGGGACACCUGAGAGCCAGACACUCACAGACCUGUUGGAGAAAGACCCGGAGGCAAGCCCUAGCAAGGACCUAGAUCUUCCGGAGCCCCUGGAGGCCUGGCCUGGCUCGGCCAGCGGUGGGUUCCGAGAUGGGGCAGCCCACCUCCCCUCUAUGCCUAGUCACUCCUUCCCUGGACCAAGCUGCCUUCGGGACCUGUCUCUCGCUCUACCCAUCCUUAGGCUGCUGGAGAAGGCUGGGGGCUUGGAGAUCAGCUUUGACGUGUACCAGGCCAAUGCCGUGGCCACUUUCCGCAAGAAUAACCCCGGCAAGCCCUAUGCUCGGAUGUGCAUCAGCGGAUUUGACGAGCCGGUCCCAGACCUCUGCACCCUCAAGCGCUUGUCCUACCAGAGUGGGGACGUCCCCCUGAUCUUUGCUCUGCUGGAUCACGGGGACAUUUCCUUCUACAGCUUCAGGGACUUCACGCUGCCCAGCGACCUGGAACACUGACCGGGCACUGGUCCUACACUGUGGACCUGGGCUGUCCGCUCUCAGGGACAGUCUUCCCAGCCUGUGCCCUGGCCCUGG